AUGGCGACGGUGCAGCAUGCGAAUUUUAUCGAGUACGGGCGCCGCGGGCCUCGUGGCGGAGCGCAGUCCAACGAGGAGAGCUUCGAUCCCGAGUUAUUCGGCAAGUGUCAGACUGUGCAGACUUCCAUGCGUGGCGUGAAGAUUCUUCAGCAGAAGGAAUUUGAUCGCAUCCAGUCUUCGCUGACGGCCAAGGAAGUUCAGCGAAAGGAACUGGAAGCAAAGGAGAAGGAAAAGCAACGUCUGAAGGAGCUCUCCCGUAAACAGGUCAGCACUUGGAGCAACACAAUCGCCGGCCAGCACAAGGCGAAGCUGGAAGCGAAGAAGCUCAGAGAAGAGCGCGAAGCCGAGAUCCGCCACCAGGAAGAUAUCAAGGAAGGUAUCUACCAGGCCGAAAAGCGGCGCAAAGCAAUCGAGCACGCCAGGCGACUCACCUUCAACAAAACCGACCGAGUGAAACAGUUCCACGGCGCACUUAUCCUCACCGAGGUUCUCAAAGAAAGAGAAGCUCAACUUGCGCUCAAGAAAAGACGACAGGCCGCUCGAAAUCAAAAGGAGCGAAUUGAUUUGGAAGCCACCCUUGAAGAAAUCCUCGCAGCGAAAGACGUCGAGGCCCGAAAUGAACUGACUCGACGUGUUGCCAGGAAAGAAACGCAAAAGUACCAACUUGGCCAAUACGCUCGAAAACAGGCAGCUGAGCAGGCUCUUGAGGACGAAAAACUUGUCGAAGCUGAGCUGAUCAAGAAUGACCUCGCUGCGUACCACAAGGAAAAUGAGGUCAAGCAAGAGAGACUCGCUCUUAAAAAGAAAGAGAUGAUGGAUACAUAUUUUGCUCACUUGGAAGAAAAAAAGAAACUCCUCAAGCGAGCAAAAGCUAUCGAAGAAGCUGAAACCCGUGAGGUCAGCAUCUUCAAGGACUACAAGGUGCGAGUGGACAACAUCAAGAAAGAAAAGCUUGCUGCCGAGUGGGCGCGCGACGAAGAGAAAACGAACAAGAACGAGGCCAACUUCUUGCGAAUCAAGGCGGAGACUGAGCGAGCACAAGGUGCGCACUUCCAGCAAGUGCUCGCGCAGAAGACAGCCGAAGAAGACGCUAAAAUCGAGGCCAAGGAGCGAAAGCAUCGACAGGACGUACUCGAAAUCUUUGCGAACGUCCAGCAAAAAAUGAAGGAGCACGAGGACGAGCGCCAAGAACGUCUUGAAAAGGAGCGCGUCGAAGGUUUGGAAAAGUUCGCCGAGGACCGAAAAUGGCACGAGGCAGAGUGUGCCCGUGCCGAGAAGCGCCGAAAGGCUGCUCGCAAGGUUUUGGACUUUAAUAAAGUAGUUGCCAAGGACAAGAUCGAGAGCGAAAAAGCAAUUCGUGAGACUGACUUGAACUUUGACCGUGGAAUUAUCAUGAAAAACGUCGAGGACGAGUCCAUAUUCCAAAAAUACGCUAAAGAAGUGAUCGACGAAGCAAUUGAGAAGGAGCGCAAUCCUUAUGCCCUGCAGCGAGUGGCCGACACUGGAAACGGCGGCGGCCGUGGGCCGAAAUUCGAAGGCAUCGGAGGACUCAGACCUUCCUACAUGACUGCUGAUCUUGGAGGCAACCAAAUGCCUAACAGAGCAUCACGUGCAAACGCGACGAAAGAAAGACUAGUCAAGCCUCUUCACAUUGCUAAGAAGCGUCUCGGUUUUAGCCACUGGUAA